CCUCCGUCUGCUCUCUCAAAUUAUCCUUCUUUCUUUCUCUUAAUAAGUUUUGCGGCUACUCGGUGCCGGACAUCCAUCCCAUCACCUUCAGCAGGGUUUUUUUUAAAUAAAAGUUUUCCACUUUCGGAGGAUCUUUUAGUCGCCUGGAACAAUGAGCGCCUACACCGUGUCGCUGCCCGGCCCCGGGCCCUGGGGCUUCAGGCUGCAGGGGGGGAAGGACUUCAACAUGCCUCUCACCAUCUCCAGGAUCACUCCGGGCAGCAAGGCGGCGCUGGGUAACCUGGUCCAGGGCGACGUCAUCGUGGCCAUCGACGGCGUCGGCACCGACGGGAUGACUCACCUGGAGGCCCAGAACAAGAUCAAGAUGGCUACCUACAACCUGGCGCUCACCAUGACCAAGGCCAAGCGUCCCGCUACGAUGCAGGCACAGAGAAUGGACACCUCUAUCCCCAUGAUCCCACACCAACAGAUUUUCUCCCCCGCGGCCGCUCCCAACUUCAACCCCUCCGCCGCCCUCCCCACCCACCAGCCCAUCGAGGUGAAGGGCCCCGGGGGCAAGGCCACCAUCAUCCACGCCCAGUACAACACGCCCAUCAGCAUGUACUCGCAGGACGCCAUCAUGGACGCCAUCGCGGGGCAGACGCAGGGCAAGGGGCAAGACGGCGGUGCUCUCCCGGUUAGAGGUGGUGUUGUAGACAGCGACUCCCCGGUCUAUCAGGCCGUCCAGAGGGCAGAGCAGGACCAGCACCAGGACCAGGACCGGGACCGGGACCAGGGCGAAUGGGGCCGCCGCAGCGGGUCAGUCAACACGCAGUCCAAGUCCUUCCGGGUCCUGGCCCACAUGACCGGCACGGAGUCCUUACAGGGGGAGGAGGAGGAGGCUCUGAGGAGGAGCAGCCCUACUGAGCAUUCGUCAGCUUCUGUCGGCUCCGCCCCCGCAGAUCUGAACCCUGGUUCGCCUGGCCACGCCCCUCAAAGCCAAUACAGUCAGCCUCCUGCCAUGCAUCAGGCGCCACAAGCCCCGCCUCAGCAGCAGUACCAGCAGCCAAUCCCACAGCAGUACCAGCAGCCAAUCCAGCAGCAGUACCAGCAGCCAAUCCAGCAGCAGUACCAGCAGCCAAUCCAGCAGCAGUACCAGCAGCCCCCUACGCAACAAGCCCCGCCCACUCAGCAGAGCUCCAUUCAGAUCCCUCUUGGCUCCGCCCCUGUCAAGGUGGUGAGCACCGCCUGCAUCUACCCAUCACAGCCAGCUUCGGCUCCACCUCCCGCUCCCGCUCCGCUUCAGCCCCGCCCUCCACCUGCCGCCUCAGCCCCGGCUCCAGGUGGCCCCGCCUCCUCCGGCAACCGACCCCCCUGGGUAUCCGACACCAACUUCGCCGACAAGUUCGACCCCAGUAAGACGACAACCACCACCGUGAAGAUGCAGGCGCUGCCCCAGUCCGCCCCUCCUCCUCCGGUGUACAUCCCCAACCCCUCUCCCUGCGCACCUGCAGCUCCUAGCCCCGCCCCCAUUAUGUCAAACCCCGCCCCGUUUGCACCUGUGGCAAGGGGCGUGACCCAAAGGGCGGAGAGGUUUGCCGCCAGCAGCCGCACGGCUCUGUGUGGGUCCUGUAACAGCGUCAUCAGGGGCCCCUUCCUGGUGGCUCUCGGCCGGUCCUGGCACCCCGAGGAGUUUAACUGUCACUAUUGCCACAUGUCGCUGGCUGACUCCAGCUUCGUGGAGGAGCAGAACAACGUCUACUGCGAGAACUGCUACGAGGAGUUCUUCGCUCCGUCCUGUGCCCGCUGCACAACCAAGAUCAUGGGGGAAGUGAUGCACGCCCUGCGGCAGACGUGGCACACCACCUGCUUCGUCUGCGCGGCCUGCGGCAACGCCUUUGGAAACAGCCUCUUCCACAUGGAGGACGGAGAGCCGUACUGCGAGAAAGACUACAUCUCACUCUUCAGCACUAAGUGUCAUGGCUGUGACUUCCCUGUUGAAGCGGGCGAUAAGUUCAUUGAGGCUCUGGGCCACACCUGGCACGACACCUGCUUCGUCUGUGCGGUUUGCAAUGUGAACCUGGAGGGUCAGCCUUUCUACUCCAAGAAAGACAAACCCCUGUGCAAGAAGCACGCUCACGCCAUCAAUGUGUAGACGACCAAAAAGAGGGACACCUGCUGCUCUGGCCGUCACCGAGGGCAACGCCGCCGGCCAUGGAAAAACGAACCCGAGUCGACGACGACAACUUUGUGUGUGCAGAUGCUCUUUAUGCAAAAUACAUUGUUUUUUCUUCUUUUUGUGCAUUACUACUAUUGAUUAAAACGACGCUGCCUGAUGAUCCCGCUUCCAAACAGAAAAAAAAACAAGUCAUUGUGUUGUUGUUGUUGUCGGCCAUCCAACCCACUGUAUUAUGUUCUUUUCAUUUUUAAUGUUCCUCUGUUUUCUAACGGAAACUACUCGAUGUAACCGCUGUGCAAGUCUUGGGUGUGCCACAUUAAAUAACUUUUAGAUAUUCUCAUCAGUUAAUACACUUUGAAAUGUAAAAUAAAUAUAUGUAACUAAAGUGAUUGUGGACAAAAUAUGAAUAAUAAAGAUAUUAUUACAUGAAAUCUAAAUAAUAAUCAUUUUGAUAAUUUUAUCAUUUGUAGCUUGGAUUGUACCUCAUUUGGAUUAAAGUAGCACAUACAUAAUUUUCAAUCUAAAUCAUUAAUUCACUUAAAAUGAUGAAAAAAGUCAUUUAAAAAUGCAUUUAAUUACUAUUUUAUUUUUUAUAGACAAAAUAAGUCAAUAAAAUGACUGUUGCUAGAUUUAAUUAAAACAUACAUUUUGUUUUGAGUUUUGUUAUGCUUCAAUGACAUUUUAAAAUAAUACAUUUAUAAUAGUUAUUUUUAAAUAGUAUACAUUUAUAACUUGAUUAUAUCGCAUGAAUCCUGAGAUAUUAUAUGACUGUUCUAGUGGCACACUCGAGACUCCAUACUCUCAAACUGUAAAACAAUAAAUGGUCUCCAGAAUAUUGUUCUCAUUAUA